AUGUCUACUUAUACAGGCGCUCCAUUCCCUGCAUCGUGUGCUCUGGAUACAGAGCUCCUGGAAUGCCCUCUCGGCGCGAAAGAUGAUUCGGCACAAUCGGAGAGCGAGGCAAAAACUAUACAAUAUAUUCCAGGAAAUCCUGGUGUCGGCCUUCUACGCAGUCAGGUCCAUGAUCAUCUUUCCAAUGAAUUAGCAACCCCGCUCCUGGAUGAGCUGUACACCCACCUGUGGCUAGUUGCAAAGAAAUCUGGUCGUCAUAUCGACGCGCUGCAUACGCAAAAGGUCAAGGGACGCGCCAUUAUCCCAACCGAAGACCCGCGACUCCAUCUCAUUUGGAACAAGAACAAGAUCUACAUCAAGCCUGUACCCUUGUAUUUGGUGAACUAUGAGUUUUGGGUACGGUAUCUACAGCCUCUGAAGCCAGUAUUAUCGUCGGAAAACUCUUCCCUUGUUCCCAAAAUUCCCGAGCCAGCCGCUUUGAUUGGAUGGUCGAUCUUCAUCAAUCACUUUCGUGUUGUUGGAGACGAUAGGGUUGCAAAGCGAUACCACUAUGGACAGCUGCGUCUGUCCCGCCUAAACUGGGCCGUCCGGAUAUUCCGUCCACAGCACACUCGCACCAGAUGGUUCUACGAGAAUUCCUACUGGUCCACUGGCGAGUUUAUGGAGAGAGCAACUUUCCCUUUAGUCUUCCUAUUUGCCAGCGUAUCUAUCGCUCUUUCAUCGAUGCAAGUUGCACUCGCCGUUCCGGUGGACCGGCUCUGGUCUCAUAUUUUAAGCGACCAUGAGCUAAAAGAGAUGAGCAGAGCAUUUUGGCUCUUUUCUAUUGCCGUGGUACUUCUGUGGCUGUUGAUAUGGGCUCUCCUCCUUGGUAUUCCCCUUCUUGUUUUGUGUUCGCAAGUUUUCUGGGGACUCAGAAAUCGAGAGAAACAGGUAAAAGAUACCCCUACCGUCUAG